GCCCCAUCAUCGGUGAAAAACUUGAGGCUCCAACAGCGAGAGCUCAUUCAGCACACAGGCAGCAGUCCGCUGGAGCUCCAGAGCCAUGCCCCAGCCCCUGAGCCGCUGAAGCCCCAUAGAACAAAGCGCCUGGCUGGGCCCCAGGGAAACACCUAUCCAGGAGGGGUGGAAGAGGAGAGAAGAGGACAGAGGGGGUGAAGGGAUCACAAGCUGAGCAUAGAAGCCACAAGACAGGGGCUGUCCAAGCCUUGGGGGACGGUAAGACAUGAAAGCUGCCCAGAGGACCCACGACGAGGAGAGAGACAGUCGGACCGGGAGAUAGCCAGAGAGGACACAACUUUGUGUUUUUUUUUUUUUUAAUUUGGGGGUAAAGACUCGACGUGUGACGGCUGGGCCGAAACGCCGGUUGGACACAGACUUGCACGUGUGAGCAUCUGCCUACACUGGGAAAGCACUCAGCUGCACUGCCAGAGAAACAGAACGGGAGGAGAAGCGCGAGGGCUAUAAAGGGAGAAGAGAAGAGAAGAAUCGGUCAUGAGACGAGGGGUGACGUGGUGGCUUUGUGCCGCACUCUGGCUGUCGGCCUGGGGCUUUGCCUGCGCCGGCCGCUCGGGUGAACACCCGCUGCAGUCAACGCGGCGACGGAGAGCGGCUAGCAAUGAUGACGUGAACAAAAAGUGCAGCUAUACCUUCCUGGUGCCGCAGCAGAAGAUCAAGGGCCCCAUAUGCGCCAGUGCCACAGGGCCCGAGCCGGACAAGGAACGCGUGACCCGCAUGGACAUCUCGGACCUGCGCGUGGUGCUGAACAGGCAGCGGCGCGAGAUCGAGACGCUGCAGCUGGUGGUGGACGUGGACGGCAACCUGGUGAACGAGAUGAAGCUGCUGCGCAAGGAGAGCCGCAACAUGAACUCCCGCGUCACGCAGCUCUACAUGCAGCUGUUGCAUGAGAUCAUCCGCAAGCGCGACAACUCGCUGGAGCUGGCGAUGCUGGAGAACCGCGUGCUCAACGCCACGUCCGAGAUGCUGCGGCUGGCCUCGCGCUACCGCGAGCUGGAGGUGCGCUUUGGCCAGCUGGCCGGCGUCGUCAACAACCAGUCGGCGCUGAUCGCAGCACUGGAGGAGCGCUGCCUGCAGGCCUAUGGGGGGCGCCACGACCUGCCCGCUGUGCCACCACUGGUGCAGGUGGUGCCGGAGAGCAUACCUGUCAACAGCGGGCGCUUCACCAACGAGAUCCAGCGCGUCCACAACCGCGCUCUGCCCCGAGGAUCACGCAUGGAUGCACAGCCCACCGUCAGUCCUGUAGGGGCGCCACCACCCACAAUCAGCACAGAAGGGCCAUUCAAGGACUGCUUUCAGGUGCGUCAGGCAGGCCACAAGGCGAGUGGGAUGUACCUGCUGAAGACAGAGGGCAGUGACCGGCUAAUCCAAGUGUGGUGCGAGCAUGGUUUGGACAACGGAGGGUGGACCGUCUUCCAGAGGAGAAAAGACGGCUCUGUGAAUUUCUUCAGGAACUGGGACAGCUAUAAGAAGGGCUUUGGGAACAUAGACAGUGAGUACUGGCUGGGCCUGGACAACAUCUACAACCUGACAAAGCAGGGUGACUACCGGCUCCUGGUGGAGCUCGAAGACUGGGUGGGCAAGAAGGUGUACGCCGAGUACAGCAGCUUCCGCCUGGAGUCCGAGAGCGAGGGCUUCCGCAUCCGGCUGGGCACCUACCAGGGCAAUGCGGGAGACUCAUUCAGCAGCCACAACGGCAAGCCCUUUACCACACUUGACCGCGACAGGGACACCUUCUCAGGUAACUGUGCCCAUUUCCAUAAGGGUGGCUGGUGGUACAACGCCUGUGGCCAGACCAACCUGAAUGGUGUGUGGUACAGCGGCGGUGUGUACCGCAGCAAGUUCCAGGACGGAAUCUUCUGGGCCGACUACGGGGGAGGCUUUUACUCCCUGAAGUCUGUCCGCAUGAUGAUCAGGCCAAUUGAUUAAGAGACUAUAAGCACUUCAACCAUAGACACACACAGACACACACACACACAAGUUCAAUCCCUAUUCAAAUAACUCAUGGUUGAUGCUAAUUUAUACAAUGCAUUUUUUUAUGGAAACACAGACCACCUAGGUUUGUAGCACCCCGCCCCGGGGCCUCUCCCACAAGCACGGGUCUAUGAGGAGGGACGUUUACUCCGAGGGAAGAAGGGAGGAGAGCAGAAGAGUAAACAAACUCUUGCACAGCGACAGUCCACCUUUGUCUGGUGCUACGGUAGACGGCAGGCACAUGUCUGCACACUUUGACACAGAGGGGCUGUGUUGCACUGACGUGGAGAUGUGUUAGGAGAGAGACAGUGCCACCCCCCCCCCCCCAUCUUCCUUUGUACCAGCCAUCCCCAGUCAUCCUCUCCUACUUCUAUUCAUAUUUAAUCAAUACAUUCAAUCUUCCUCACUGUUGGGCGUCUCUCCACUUUCCCUUGGUUCAUAUGUCUCGAUUUCAGUCCACUUUCUGUCCACUGUUACUUAUUCCACUCUUAAAAUGGGAAGCCCCUGAAUGAGAUAUUUCUAACCUUACAGGAAAAACAUUCUGUAGAGUCUAUCCAUUGUGGUACACUCACAUAUACACUCACAUAUACACACACAGCUAUACAUACAUACACACACACACACACUCUGUUGUUUAAAGUAUGCAGUAUGUUUUUGUUACCCCACAAGCACAAAGAGGACUUGAGAAAACUGUGCCUCUCUGAUGUGGAGAUGGCCUAGCUUGCUUUGGUAUGUAAAUAUAUGGUACUGUAUAUUGCCUGUGAUUUGUACAAGUUGAUUUAAGGGCUUGUGGCUUGUGCAGGCCCAUGAUGUAACUACACCUCAUCCACCAUCUCCCCGGUCACUUAUUUAUCUUAUUUAUAACGAUUACGCAAUAGCCUUCAUCUAAGUUACUUAUCCUGGUUAUGAUGUAAAGUGUUCUCAUGAGUAUAUGUCACAAGAGGAACAACAAAGUUCUGAAUAUACACACAUUCCCAUUAAUAACUCAAAUUCUGUAGUACAAAUCACGCCAAUAAUUACAAAGCAAGACAUUUCAAAAGGACCCACAACAGCACGGAGGGCUUAACAAUGCUGUGCUCUUGCUUCUCCGGUCGCACGCGGACGGACGGACGUACGUAUGCCCACCUUCUGCUAUGCAAGGCGUGAAGGCUACAGCUGACAGGAGGUGGAACACAUUUACCGGUGCGGCAUGGUACCCCGGCCCUUACGCCAACACCCCAAACAAAAGAAAGAAAUGGAAAAAAAAUCUAAUAAAACACUCUGCCUUC